AUGUCGACAGCACAAGUGCCUCUCCGUACCCUGGGUAAGGAUGGCCCUCAAGUUCCAGCCCUAGGCUUUGGUUUGAUGGAGUUGUCGUACCAGACUUAUGGAACGACCCCUGGCGAGGAGCAACAGUUUGCCAUUCUCGACCGUGCCCUGGAGCUGGGAGCAACAUUCUGGGAUACAUCUGAUCUCUACGGCGAUAGCGAGAAGCUCCUGGGUAAAUGGUUCCAGCGGACCGGGAAACGCAAUGAAAUUUUCCUUGCAAGCAAAUUUGGUUUCCUUGGAGGGCCCGGAAGUGUUGACAGUUCUGCGUCCUACUGCAAGACGGCCUGUGAGGCGAGUCUAGAGCGCCUUGGUGUCGACUCAAUUGACCUGUACUAUAUGCACAUGGCUAAUCCAGAGACCCCAAUCGAGGAAACUAUGCGAGCCCUGGUGGAGUUGAAAGCGGAAGGUAAAAUCAAGUACAUCGGACUCUCAAUGGUUUCGUCUACCACGCUGCGCCGCGCGUGCAAGAUUGCGCCAGUGACCGCUGUCCAGUCUGAAUACUCGGUGGUCUCGCGUCAUAUCGAGGGCGCCGCCGGGACUGACCUGUUGGCCACUUGCCGUGAGCUAGGAGUUGCUUUGGUCGCCGCUACACCAUUAGGCAGGGGACUAUUGACUUCUACGUUUAGUCAAGGUAAUGAGGUGGGGGAUGAACGAGACGCGCGCGUGAAAGUAAUGCCUCGAUUCCUGCCCGAGAAUCGAGAGCAAAACGUCAAGGCUGUGGGCCAAUUCAAAAAACUGGCGGAUGGAAAGGGCUGCAGCGUAACUCAGCUUGCCAUUGCCUGGCUUCUGAAGCAGGGGGAUGACAUUUUCCCCAUUCCUGGCACCAAAAGACUGAAGUAUCUGGAGGAGAACUGGAAAGCGCUGGAUAUCCUGCUCACAGACGAGGAAAACGCAAAGAUCAAGGCUUUCGGGGACUCUAUCGAGAUAGCUGGAGCCCUUGUACCAGACCAGUUUGUGGACUAUGUUUUCCGAGACACAAAGGAGGAGGUUGCAUGA